CCGCUUCCCACCAUCAAUAGCACAUCAGCAACAUGAAGUUCACGGAUGGAUUAUGGAGACGUCCCACCGGCGUCAACUUUGUCGGCGGCGUCGAGGUCGUCGAGGUGUUGCGUGAGAGCAAGGACGGCGUUGAGUUCAUCGUCGCACCACGGCAUGUCGCUCACCGCGGCGAUACGUUGAACAGCCCGCUUUUGACGGUGAGCAUCUCGUCGCCGAUGGACGACGUGCUCAAGGUGCGUGUGGAACACCAUGCCGGCGGGCACAACAGGGGGCCGCACUUUGAGCUUUUCCCAGACGGUGCACCCGCGACGCCCAAGACGAGUGUAUCGCGACCCACCGAGGAUCACAUUUGCUUCAAGUCGGGCUCAGUGGCAGUGGACAUCAACACUGCGCCCAAGUCGUACGCGCUCCGCUUCACCGACUCAGCCAAGGGUGAUGACGACUUCCUCUGCGCCACCGAGCCCAAGGGCCAGGCAUACGCCGACGUCCCAUGGCAUCUUACCUUUGGGCAGCAGAGCCAGGCUGGCUGCCUCACCACGUUGCCGGCCAGCAUGGCGCGUUCCGACCACUUCGCGCUCGACAGCACGCGCGCCACAGGCCUGGUACGGUACAUGGUCAACGAGCUCACGCUGUCCGUUGGCGAGACAAUCUACGGGCUCGGCGAACGCUUUGGACCGUUUGUCAAGAACGGUCAGGUCGUCGGUAUUUGGAACCAAGACGGCGGGACGUCAUCCGAGCAGACUUACAAGAACAUCCCUUUCUACCUCUCUUCCAAAGGGUACGGGCUGUUUGUAAACCACCCCGAGGAGGUGGAGUUCGAAGUCGGCCGCGAAAAGUGCUCCAAAAUCGGCGUGAGCGUGCGUGGCGAGCGCCUCGAGUACUUUGUUAUUGGCGGCGGCAGCAUCAAGGCCGCGCUAAGGAACUACGUCCGCAUGACCGGCCGCCCCGCCUUGCCGCCCGCCUGGACGUAUGGGCUGUACCUCUCGACAUCGUUCACAACGUCCUACGACCAGGAAACGGUGUCGGGGUUCCUGAGGGAGAUGCGCGAACGCAAGUGCCCCGUGCGCGUGCUGCACCUCGACUGUUUCUGGAUGAAGCGCUACGACUGGUGCAGCUUCCAGUUUGAUCCGGACACGUUCCCCGAUCCGGAGAAGUACCUUGCCGACGUCAAGCGCGAGUACGGCGUCAAGGUGUGCGCGUGGAUCAACCCGUACAUCUCGCAGCGCGCUGCCAUUUUCGCCGAGGGCGUCAAGAAGGGGUACUUCCUCAAGCGCCGAAGCGGGGACGUGUGGCAGUGGGACGAGUGGCAGCCCGGCAUGGCUAUUGUGGACUUCACGAACCCCGCCGCGUGGAAGUGGUAUGCUGGGCUCGUGCAGCGUCUGCUCGACAUGGGCGUCGACACAGUCAAGACCGACUUUGGCGAGCGCAUCCCCCACGUCGACGUGGUCUACCACGACGGCUCGGAUCCAUCCAAAGCGCACAACUUCUACUCGUUCUUGUACAACAAGUGCGUGUUUGAGGUCGUCGAGAAGAAGUACGGCAAGCACGAAGCAGCGCUGUUCGCGCGAUCCGCGACAGCCGGUGGCCAGCGUUUCCCCGUGCACUGGGGAGGCGAUUGCGAGAGCACGUACGAGGCCAUGGCCGAGACUCUGCGCGGCGGACUCAGUCUCAGCGCAUCGGGUUUCGCGUUCUGGUCUCACGAUAUCGGCGGGUUCGAGGGCAAGCCAGACCCCGCGUUGUUUAGCCGCUGGGUCGCCUUCGGCCUCUUCUCCUCCCACUCGCGCUUGCACGGCAGCGGCUCAUAUCGCGUGCCUUGGAACUAUGGUGAGACCGCCGUCACGGUCACGGCCAAGAUGGUGCGCGCGAAGUGCCGCCUCAUGCCGUACAUUUACGGCGAGAGCAUCAAGGCCCACGAGACAGGUGUCCCCGUCAUGCGCGCAAUGAUCAUCGAAUUUCCAGAAGAUCCGGCGUCUGCUCACCUCGACAAGCAGUACAUGUUUGGCGACAGUCUUCUCGUCGCUCCCGUCUUCCACGGUACCCGUGCCGACUUCUACAUCCCGGCCGGCCGCUGGACAUGCUACUGGACAGGUGAGGUGAUUGAGGGGCCCAGGUUCGUCCGUAAAACCGACUACCCCAUCGACCAGAUUCCCGUUUUCGUGCGCCCCAACUCGGUACUCCUCCUUGGGCCCGAGAGCAUCGAGACGCCAGACUACGAGUACGCCAAGGUCGGCCUCGAAGUGCGCACGUUCGAGCUCGAGUCUGAGGUUGAGGUAAAGGUCCCAACGGGCAAGGGCGCCAAGUGGGCCGGUUCCGUAAAGGUCGCGCCGGGUGGCAAGGUUAGCGCCUCGGGUGUAACUCUCAAAAAGUAGACUAUUCCUAGGAAAGAUUGUGCUGCACGUACACGCUGAGCCAAGCGCGCCCGUGCUUCCUUCGCCGCGCCCAGUGCUUAUCCACCAUAACCGUACAAGACUUCGUUUUGCUUGCCAUGUCGAUCGUCAGUAGACACCGUAGACACAUGGCCAAGUGAACUUGUGUAGGACUGUGAUGACAUACAAUGCACGUGCG